CGCAUCCCCAUCCCUCGCCCUCAGGCCGACCCUCGCUACCCUCCGCACCCCUACCAAGAUAAAUUUACCUAGACGAGCCAAGGCCCGGCCAUCUUUCUUACACCUUGGGGGGGAUCAAGAUUGAAGAUGGGAUGGCGCCCCUCUCUUCGACUGGAGUCUCUCGUCUCAGCCGCCCACAGCGUUCUGUUUCCUGUCAGGGGUUGCCCUUCUCCGGCAACCCGCUCCCUGCAAUCUGCUUCUUAUAUGUGCAAGGGGAUGCUUAAUAGACAGAAUUACCCCCCGGCCCCGUCCAAGUGUCAGUCAACUCAUAAGUAUAUCCGCCGCUCUCGAUUUUUUCCGGUUUUGGAGUGAGGAGCUAUACGUUCUUGUGGCAGUGGAUUGAGGUCAGGUAUCAGCCGUGCUAUUGUCGCCCUUUUUCAGUGUGUGUUGUGUGUGACCUUGUAACACUUUACUAUUAUUAUCCCCAUCAUCGCCAUAAUCAUCAAUUCAACAUUGUCUAUCGAGCAGGAUACCUCGAAUCUACAGCAAUAAUGGCCCAUAUCGCCGCUUUCAUGGCCGACGCCGACCACAGCAUCCCCAACAGCGUUGGUUUAAAUAAUUAUAUUGCGAGAGAGAUCUCACCAGCUCCAUCAAUUCACGAAACAGUGCGUUCCUAGACGACUCUUAGACUCUCAUAACUAACAAGUUGCAGACCGACGCCUUGGAAGGAAAGGAAAAGGAGAAGGAGAAGGAAAAGAGCAAGCAUGUAUGGAGGAUGCAUCAACCAUCGGGAUCACGCAAACUUCAUUUAUUUCCCUCGAGAGAAAAGUUAUCAAUUGGUUCAGCCGGAAGGAAGAGCCCAGAGACAAUCAACGAGGAACCAGUCGGACGAAACGCAAGCGAGGAUAGGGAACAAUCGAGAUCGAGGUCAUCAUCAAAGGAGCCAAAGCCCAAAGACCAGAGUUUAGGUCGUCGACGGAAAGUUUCUGUGCCAGUAGCAGAGCUGGGGCUGGGGCCCAUGACGACAGUUCAAGAAGUUCCUAUGGAUUCUCGUAAGUUAAUAUACCUACCCCAUAUUAACUCCACUUCAAGCUUUUUCUGACUUAACCCCAGCCACAAUUCCCGGACGACCAGCACUACAAGAACGAUCUAUCAGUGCACCAGGAAGCAACAGCUGGCGUCAACAUGUGUUUGGCGAGAGCAUGCUUUCUGGCAUUUCUGGACCAGCACCAGACGAAAAUGCAGAAUUGGAUUUCCUGGACGACCUCGACGAGACACUAUCUCAACUUAACUUUGUUAAGACUAAAUCGAGUAGAAACAACUCUGCUUCACCGAAUCGGCGACCACUUUCACCCAAGUCUCUUGCUCCUUUGCUCAUUCCUAGUACGUCGAACCCGCGAGCAGGAUUCCUCGCUCGCAAGCCAACAAACGGCCGCGGGAGAUCCGAGAGCACUCCCCCGGAUGUACCUCCCAAAUCUGCCCGCAUGAAAAACCUCUUCUCUCCAAAUAGUCAAGGCACUCUACUCACACCAUUAUCCGGUUCAUCACUUACGCCCGGCUCUGCGUCGACGACUCUGACCGUUUCUACACUCGCCUCAUCCGUGGGGACUACCCCUACCUCAUCUACCGAAACUCCACCAUCACCCAAACAAUGGAUUAGUUCCAGUGCUGGACCGAGUCCCGCAAUCACCCGUACCCGAGGACAGUCUGAGUCAGUAUUGCAAUCGGGGACUGGACAACAGCUUGGCCACCGAAGAGGCGAGUCUGAAACUUCAAUCAUGGAUCGAGGUCGACCCAAAAAGCGAGCUCUAGCUGGAAGUCCGGUAUCACGUCACAAGAGGAUUCCUGCUGAGGAGCAAACUGCUUUUGAAAAGCUUCCCGAAGGUACUCGUCCUAGCGAAGCGCAUUCCGUGCUACCUGUCCUAGAGAUGGAAGCUCUCCGCAAACAAGCCCUGGGUCAAGCCUCACGUUUCGACGUUCUUUCCAGUAAGGACGUCGACGCCCUAUCCAGAGUAAGUAAUGCCUUCUUCUCUCCACCCGAGCAGCAACUAACAUAAUAAAAGGAACUUCGAGGUCUUGAUGAGCGUUGUGAGUAUCUUCGCAAAACCCACCGCUCUCUCCGCUCUGGGCGCCGCGAACUCCAUGAGCGAAUUUGCAGUUUUCUCCGUUCCCCUCGUGUAGCUCGCUUCUCACAUGAGUCUAUUCUAAAGCAGGAAGAAGCCUUGUCAGAACUCGACUGUUCUAUUGAUGAUUGGGUCAGUAAACUCGAACAAGCUGAGAACCGACGCACUCGCGUACGUCAAAAGCUUCUCGAGCAUGUUGCUGCCGCCCUCAUCAUGCAACCCGCAUCAGGGACUGCCGCACCAACUGCGAUAUCUACCUCAGCAGGGGAGAAUACACCACCCCGAAGCCCAAUCAAGUCACAAUCACCAGGUAGACUCGCUGCAGAGGUUCCUGUGAGUAGUCCCGCUGACACAAUUUCAAGUCGACGCCGGACGAGAAUGAGUGUCGAGUCGAUCAAAAUUUAUGCCGAUAGCGAUAUGUUCGCUCUCCUUGCCGAUGUGGAGGAAGAGAUUACACGCAUUGGCCAACAAACCUUAAUUGAAGAACCACUCCCCAUAACCCCUGUCCUAAAGGAUGCUCCAGCUAUCGCGGCAGGCAUUACCCUGAAUGCCACAGUCUUCGAGGGCCACCUUCCUUCAACUCGCUACCAUCGUCAAGCUACUAUGUAAAGAACUUUGGAAAGUUACACACCACACACACACAUACACAUACACACACAACACACUCCUUUACGAACUUCACAGCUUCUUUGCUACCCUCAAGCAUACAUCACCUAUGCAUUUUUUUUGCGUCCCUCAUUAGCGACCUUUGUAUCAUUUGAUAUGCUUACUUUACGAUUAUAUCCAUAAAUCGGCAGCACCAACAUUGUAUGCGUCCUUUAGCGACUUGUUUUGCGGCUUACCGCGUAAUCUCUUCUGUUUAACUUCUGUUUACCAGCCCGGGCUUCUCGCUCUGCGCUGCUUCUUUUUCACUUGUCGUUUUUUUUAUCUUUUUACUAUGCUUCUGGAAGUUUUUGUUUUAUCAUUGUUGCUAUUAUUCGCCUGAUACCAACAUUUACCGGCGUUUUCUUUUUCACAUAGAAGGGUUGAAUUUGCUUGUUGUUCUUUUUAUAGUGGGUGGAUGGGAAAGAAGCGGAGCGGCCUUCCAAGGUGCUAGGUUGAAGUAUUCUAUUGUAUAUAUGAUUUGACGGCUUGCAUGAUGAGCUAGGGAGCCUCAAGUGCCUUUUCGUUUGAUAGGAGUAAGGGGGUUUCUGAGAUUUAGAGAGGUUCAGCCUUUCGAUCCGUUGGAGAUGGUUGGCGGAAGCCUUAACAUUACACAUGUUCAAAUUCCAAAGAUUUUGUCCUCCAAGAAAGA